ACGCAAGCUUCAUCCAAAUCCACCCCAACACAAAUCUUAGCCGCCAUUGAUUUUUCCUCUUCCAUUUCUCUUACUUUCUCAGCCUUUUUCGAUUACCCAUUUGGUUAUUUCGCCCUAAUGGCUCUUGCUCCAUCCAAAGUUUCCACCUUUUCUGGUUUUUCUCCCAAACCCAGUGUUGGGGGUGCUCAGAAAAACCCAACUUGCUCUGUUUCUCUGAGCUUUUUGAAUGAGAAACUUGGAAGCAGAAACCUUAGGGUUUGUGCUUCAACGGUGCCUCUCACUGGGGUGAUUUUUGAACCGUUUGAGGAGGUUAAGAAGAGCGAGCUUGCUGUUCCAACUGCUCCCCAAGUCUCGUUGGCUCGUCAGAACUACGCUGAUGAGUGUGAAUCUGCGAUUAACGAGCAGAUAAAUGUGGAAUACAAUGCUUCCUACGUGUACCACUCCUUGUUUGCAUACUUUGACAGGGACAACGUGGCUCUCAAGGGAUUUGCCAAGUUCUUCAAGGAAUCUAGUGAGGAAGAAAGAGAGCACGCUGAAAAGCUCAUGAAAUAUCAGAACACUCGCGGUGGAAGAGUUGUACUUCACCCCAUCAAGAAUGCCCCCUCAGAAUUUGAGCAUGUGGAAAAGGGGGAUGCAUUGUAUGCAAUGGAAUUAGCUUUGUCUUUGGAGAAGUUAGUGAAUGAGAAACUUCUGAAUGUGCACAGUGUGGCAGAUCGCAACAAUGACCCUCAAAUGGCCGACUUCAUUGAAAGCGAGUUUUUGUCUGAACAGGUUGAAUCAAUUAAGAAAAUUUCAGAGUAUGUGGCUCAGUUGAGAAGGGUUGGAAAGGGCCACGGUGUUUGGCACUUUGAUCAAAGACUUCUUGAUUAGGAAGAUGCUGCUUAAUCUUGAAUAGCCUUAUUAUUAGUCUUCAUUUACAUUUGGUCUUUUCUGAAAUUCUGGGUUGUUUUCUAAUUUAGUAGUAUUUAAAUGUUUUUCCUAUGUACUGAGAUUUAGGAACUCGGGGUAAUGUAAUUGCUAGUAGCACAUGUAAAAGGCUGCAAGCCUAUUAUGCAAUAACAUUUGAUAUCUGCAUUUCAAUUAUCUCCAGUAAAAUGUCAUUGGUUAAAGCUUAAA